AUGUCAAAAAGCUUGUCAAGCCUGUCAAAAAAAUCGUAAACAGAAAUCCUGAAUUUUUGCGGCUAAUUAUGAUAACGUAGCGAUUGUGCAAGUAGCAAAAUAAUUAGAUAAUUUUUGUCGCCGGAUGUGUUUCGUGAAGAUGUCGUCCACGGACUUGACCACAGCUGGUUUUUUUACGCCCUUGUUAUCCCAAAGGUUUGUUCAAUAGAACACUCGAUAUGUUUUUUGUCACAAAAAGCGCAUUAAUGGGCACGAGGAAAUGGAUUCAGGAAGUUUUGGCUCGUCUUUAACCAAAACCCAACGCUUGAUUUUAGGUUCUGUUGUGCUUAUUUUAGUCGACGUGAUUUGGGUUGCAUCCUCGGAACUUACAAAGUUUAUUUACAGCAGUGAAACUUUUGAAAAGCCGUUUUUUUGCACUUAUGUCAAGACUUCAAUGUUCACAAUAUACCUGCUAGGGUUUCUAUUCUGGCAGCCUUGGAAAGAUAAUUGCUCGCGUCCAGCGAAUUACAUUCAUGUGGAUACAGAACAAGAAGAUGAGAAUUAUUACAGUGAUAACAAUAGCAGAUUGAGUAACCCUGUCUAUGUCCCUGUAAAAACCCCAGAACUUGACAAGAAUUCAGGCACUGAAAGUGAUGACUCCUCUGUUCGGUCUGUCCGUUUUAAUAAGUUAGCUGAAGUGAGGCACAUGUCAGAGACAGACGCCACGGAGGCUCUCCUAGCACGACUAUCCUAUCAGGCCACUUUAAGGGCAGGGGAAAUUGCAAAAAGGGCCGCGAUUAAACUUCCUGUGUUGAGGGUGGCGAAAAUAUCGCUCAUUUUUUGCGUUUUGUGGUUUUUAGCCAACUAUAGCUACCAAGUAGCUCUAGCUCAAACUGAGGCGGGAAUGGUUAAUGUCUUGUCUUCGACUUCCAGUUUUUUUACUCUAGUUUUAGCCGCCGUUUUUCCUUCCAGUCAGAGUGAUAAGUUCACUCUGUCCAAAUUACUUGCCGUGUUGCUCAGUAUUUUAGGAAUUACUUUGGUGAGCUUUUCAGACCUUUCGCUCGAAUCCCGCGUUCCGCUGGGCGCUUUUCUCUCCCUCUUGAGCGCAUUUUUCUACGCGACUUAUUUAGUUUUUCUCAAGAGAAAAGUGGAUCACGAGGAUAAAAUCGAUAUUCCCUUAUUUUUUGGUUUUGUGGGAUUUUUCAAUUUGAUUCUUCUGUGGCCAUUUUUUUUCUUUUUGCACUUUAGCGAAUUGGAAGUUUUUGAAUGGCCGUCGAAGCAGCAAGUGUUAUUUUUGCUUUUGAAUGGGAUUUUAGGAACUGUUAUCUCGGAGGCUUUAUGGUUAUGGGGUUGUUUUUUGACGUCCUCGCUGAUGGCUACGAUGUCAAUGAGUUUAACUAUUCCAAUGACGAUGUUAACGGAUGUUUUUUUGAAAAAAAUCGUGUAUCCGUCUCUGUUUUACACAGGGACUAUUCCUAUGGUGGUGGCGUUUCUUGCCGUCACUUUACUUUCACACUACGACAAUUGGGACCCUGUACUCGAUGUUUUACGCUGUGCCUAUCUAAGUAUUUUCCGACGAACCAGAUUUAUGCGUUUCAGGUUUGCUGAAAUGCCCUCGGAACAAACAGAAGCCUUGAUUGGUAUUAACAGUAAUGAACAUGAAGCGUAGAUUUAGUUUUUUUUCUUGCUGUUUUUAUACCUACUAUGGUGCUUACAAUGUUAUGUGAUAAUUAAGGUUUUUAUUUUGUGAUUUUUUAUAUUGUAUUAUUUUUAUUAAUUAGUAACAUCUUUUGUAAAUAAUUAGGUAAAACGUAAAAGUUAAGGAAGUAUAGUAAACGCACGUAAUACGUUCAAAAAAAAGUAACUAGACAAUAUGUUCUACAAUUAAUCAUCUAGUAUUAUUGUAAACUUGUUCAACUAGCAUUUCACGAUCUCAAUAGGUUUUUCACAAACUUUCAAUAAAGAAAAGUCUGUGUAUGCAUUCCAUAGCUCAUAAGCUAUAUAUUUUUAAUAUAAUGUGAAAACAAUUCUAUGUAACAUAUUUUCUGACAAAAAGUGUUAGAAUGUAAAUAUUACUGCAUAAAUAGAUUAUUAUGAUCGUG